AUGCGGGUGUGUCUCUUACUUGGUCUUUUGGGCACCUUUGUCGAUGCAUCCUCUGAACUCUUCGGACGAAAUUCGCUUAGGGUCAAAGAGAGGAUCUCAGCUCCUUCACCGGGAUGGGUCAAACACUCAACAGCGCACCCAGAGCAUAUGCUGCAAUUCCGGAUCUCUCUGGCUCAGCCGCGCUUUGGUGAACUCGAGCAGCAGUUACUCGGCGUCAGCGACCCGUCUCAUAAGGACUACGGCCUGCACCUCUCAAGGCAACGCGUCCAAGAGCUAAUGGCACCUCACCCGGACACUCGCGAUGUCGUCGUCAAGUGGCUUGCUGCACAUGGCGUUUCCGAGAAGGAUAUCGCGUACUCUGCUAUGGGCGACUCGAUGACUGUUCAGACUCCCGUGAGAACUGCAGAGGCAAUGUUUGAUACCGAUUUCCACGUCUAUCAAUACGUAGAGACUGGCAGCAAUGUCAUCCGUACAAUGCAGUACAGUCUUCCAGAGGUGCUCCACGAGCACAUCGACCUUGUGCACCCACUCGUCAUGCUCUCCCCCACCCUUCCAAUGACGACCAAAGGCCAGAAUCUCAGCAACACAUCGCAAGAUCUCGGCAUACCUGCAACGUUUAUGCAGCCCCGAGCGGCUAUCAAUUCCUCUUGCAUGGCCCAGGUAACCCCUGACUGUCUCCGCCAGCUGUACAACAUUGGAAACUACACGCCCUCUGCUACGAACGGCAACUCGAUUGCGGUCACCGGUUUCGCGUUGGAAUGGGCGAAUAUCAGCGAUUAUCGACAAUUUCUGCAGAUGGUGGUUCCGUCGGCUGCAGCUGAAGCGAACUUUACUGUUGUUUCAAUCGAUCAGGGAACAAAUACUCAGUCAAAACCUGGGCCCGAGGCCAACCUCGAUGUCCAGUACGCGUUUGGCCUGACAAGACCUAUGCCGGCAGCGUUCUACACGGUUGGAGGGAUCACUGAUAACCCUUCAGACUGGACGUUUGGUGGAGCGACGCUCGAUUUUAUCGACUUCAUGCUCAAUCAGACGGACCUCCCCCCGGUUAUCUCAACGAGCUACGCACAGCCUGAAAGCGACAAUUCACGUGAGCUCGCAAACAAGAUCUGUCAAGGGUUUGCUGCACUAGGCGCCCGUGGCGUGUCUGUCCUGUACGCCUCCGGUGACCUCGGCGUAGGAUCUGAUCCCGGCAACGGAACUGUGACUCCAUUCGAGCCAUACUUUCCCGCGAGCUGUCCUUAUGUUACGUCCGUGGGUAUGACCUACCAAUACCCAGAAGUCGCCGGCAAGGACACGGGCAUGUACAGUGGAGGCGGGUUCAGCAACUAUUUCGCUCGACCUUCAUAUCAGGAUAAGGCUGUCAACGAUUACCUGGGCUACCUCGGUGAUCAAUAUACGAAUUUGUACAACUCGAGUGGACGCGGAUACCCAGAUGUCUCAGCCCAAGGCGUCAACUUCCUUGAAAUCUAUUACUACAGCGUUGUGAACAACACUGGCACGUCCGCGUCCGCGCCGACGUUUGCGGCUAUAGUCGCGCUUCUCAACGACGUGCGCGCGAACGCAGGCAAGGGUCCGCUGGGCUUCUUGAACCCGUGGUUGUACGCGUCGGGCUAUACAGCUCUGAACGAUGUGACAGUGGGAAAUAAUCCGGGAUGCGGAACAGACGGGUUUAAUGCAACAAAAGGAUGGGAUCCGGUGACGGGUCUCGGAACUCCGGAUUUUGCCAAGAUGAAGGAACUUGUGUUGUAG